AUGGCGAGACUGGCUGAAGCUCAUUCCUCUAGUGAUGAUGACUUUCCCGACCUCAAGAUACUACUCCAGAAACCGAGCACCAGAGCAACGAAGAAGGUGACCAAGCCAACAGGCCCAGCCACCACAGCCCGUACUUCCAAGGGCACUACCAAUUCCGAAGCCAGACGUGUGCGACGUCUGGGGGAAUCCAAGCAACCAACAGCUAAUCCUCUUUUCCAAAAAUGGAUGUCGAGAGAGAAAGAGAACGCGAGGGGACGAAGAAGUAAGACAACUUCUGAGAAGCCGUCUCGAGAAACAGCCCCAACUGGCAGCUUUUCUUCUGGUUCUAGGAAGAAUAUGAGCUCGAGCUCUGGCUCUGGCUCAGAAGAAGACAACGUCACGCCACAGUUUCGCCAGCAGCCUAGCAGGGGGAGGAACAGAAGGAUUAUAGAAGAUUCUGACGACAGUGAUGAUGACAGCGAAAAGAGCUCUGGUUCUGAGAACGAGACAGUGUUGACGAGAGUACGGCGACUUCAAAGCACAAGGACAAGUACAGUGACAGUACCCAAUAUAAGCGCCAAAACCCAAACCUCAAAAUUUAACUUGAAUACCAAGUCCAAAGCCCUAGCAUUCGCACGGGAGAUCGACAGUGAAGCCGACACUGAAGAAGAUCAUGAAGAGAAAGAUGUCGAGGAACCGAGCGUCUAUCAAACCGCGGAUGAGGCUUCCGAUAGUGCCUCUGAACUUCACUGGCUGAACGAUUCUCCUGAAGUUCCAACGAGAAAGGGGACAGGGCAGCCCAACAAUCCACCAUCAAGAGUUACCGGUACAAGUGAUCGUGUGUUAUCGAUUAAGAACGUUCCGACUCUGUUGCCAAAAGCACCUCAUGGUGUUGCAGAUGCUAGCAACAGCAAAAUACGCGGCGUCACCAAGAAGCCUAUAUCAGGUGGGGAGGUUUCUUCAUCUCGGAAGACCAGCCAAAGUAAUCAACGAGACACUUCGGGCACCAGCACAGCAUCAGAUCUUGCAGACACCCUUUCCAAACUACGACUUGAACUCGAAGAUUUUUCAGAUGAAGAUAGUAAAGUGUCCAGCAAGGACCAGUUCACCACCCCUCCUAGUACUCCCCCAAGAGCUGCCAACCCCAAUGGUCUUGUCUCUCCAAGCAAAAAGAUCGUCAUACCUAGGACACCUCAUCAUCCAAGUACGGACGAUUUUUGGAACCAAGAUCUGGUCAAUGAUUGGAAUGACCAGCACUCGCCACGCAAGCUUAUGCUCCCUCCUGCCACAAAGAGCCCUAAGAAGGCGAGCCCUAAGAAGGACCCCAAAAAGGAGGCCAAGAAAUCCUUCGCCGCUAGAAAACACGCGCUAGCUGAGAGUUUCUUGCUCGAGCUGGACUGUAAGAUCACUCAAGGUAGAAUUGCCGAGCUUGCUGGGUCCACGGGUGGUGUAAAGCUUGUGUGGACGAAGACACUCAACACCACAGCUGGCCGAGCAGGCUGGCGGCGCGAGACUAUUCGAACCACACGGAAGGCUGACGGCGAGCAAAUAUCUGUGACGUAUAAGCAUCACGCCUCGAUUGAACUCGCUGAAAAGGUCAUUGAUGAUGAGCAUCGUCUUCUCAAUGUGAUGGCCCACGAAUUCUGCCACCUUGCCAACUUCAUGGUCAGUGGUAUUACAACAAAUCCUCACGGUCGUGAGUUCAAAGUUUGGGCGGCAAAGUGUUCGGCCGUAUUUGGUGACCGUGGUAUCGAGGUGACAACGAAGCACAGCUACGAUAUCGACUUCAAGUACGUGUGGGAAUGUGACGAGUGCGCAACUGAGUUCAAAAGGCACUCCAAAAGCAUUGACCCGAAACGACACCGAUGCGGUAGCUGCAAAGGAUUGCUGAAACAGACGAGACCGACUCCCAGAGGAGCGGCAGCAGGGAAAGUCCCGAGCCGAUACCAGGCGUUCGUCAAGGAGCAGAUGGCUGUUGUUAGAGGGGAGAACCCCGGUUGUCCGCAAAAGGUUGUGAUGAAGCUUAUUGCGGAGAAAUGGGCGAAGCAGGAAGGUAAAUCUGGAGGCCAAGGUCCCAGCAAAUCGGGAGUUGAAAGCAUUGCUGAAACGCUGGUUGAUCUGACGAUUGAGGGUGAAGCAUAG